AUGACAGUCUCUUAUGCGCUUGCUGUCUCCUCCGCCGACGGCUACUCGUUUCUGAAACUCUUCAAGAAAUGGGAAGGCUCGAUUUUUAAGGUUGUAUGGAAAGAAUUAUUGCUUUGGCUGGUAUUAUACUAUAUUAUUACAAUCACCGUACAGCUAACAUUGCCACAAGAAUGGAAGCAAGAAACUGUCAACGAAAUUCAAUUGUUGGAUUAUGGCCUCUCAUAUUUUGAUAUCAAAUUCAUGCUCGGAUUCUUCGUUUCGUGUGUAGUCGAUCGAUGGAAGCAAAUGCUGCAAAAUAUCACCUUCAUCGAAACAACCGCCCUCUCGGUGAGCACGUUGAUCCGCGGCAAGGAUGACAAUGUUCGUCUCGCGCGUCGAUCAAUCGUUCGAUAUCUCGUCUUGUCGCAAGUUUUAGUGUUUCGCGACAUCUCAAUGCAAGUCCGCCGCCGCUAUCCAACAAUGAAGAGCUUAAUUGAAAGCGGGUUUCUGUUCGAGAAUGAGCUCAGAGAGCUGAAGGAAAUCGACGUGAAUUAUAAGAAAUAUUGGGCGCCGAUUAAUUGGGCCAACUCGAUUGUGUGGAGAAUGAAUGCGCAGCACUACAUCGAUGCUCCAGUUUCGACCAACAAUAUUCUCAAUAAUAUUCGAGAUUUUCGAAAAGAUUUAGAAAAUAUGUGCAAAUUCGACUGGGUCCCAAUACCAAUCGCUUAUCCGCAGGUGGUAUUCCUCGCCGUUCGCGUUUAUUUCCUGAUUGCACUUUUCUCCAGACAACAUCUUCCAUUGACCGAAGACGAUGAGAGGCUUAUCAAAUAUAUUCCUAUUAUGACGAUCUUCCAAUUCAUUUUUUUCGUUGGAUGGAUGCGUGUUGCUGAAGCUCUUUUGAAUCCUCUAGGCGAAGACGACGAUGAUUUUGAGCUCAAUUGGGUUCUGGAGAAAAAUAUCAUGACUGGUAUGCAAAUUGUUGACGAUAGUCAUGACGAGUGCCCGUAUUUGAACAUUGACAAAUUCUCCGAUCCCAAAUUUCAACCAUUGUCGGUCACUGGAGCACACACUGGACAUAGUGGAGGAUUGCAGGGAUCCACGUCGAGCGUUGUAAUCGACGAGGUGGCUGGUCGGAGGACGUCGAACGAUGCUGGAGGAGUGACCAUCAAUUUUGGGGAAAAGAAGGAAGAGCAGAUUGAAGUCCCAGCGAUCGUUUACAAUGUUGGAGCGAAGGGCAGAGUGGGAGUCAAUGAUGAUCAGCUGAAUAAGAUCAAAUGGUUGGUUCUUUGCUUCCGAUCUUGUGAAGUGGACAAGAAAGGCAUCUAUCGGAUCGUGAAACUGACAAUGUCGAAGAGAGCAGAACCAUCGUCCAGCGAGCAUGGCAUAAACGCUCAAAUUCGGAAUCAUGAAUGGCUGAAUAGUCCGUUCUUCAAAUUAUGUAUCAGCACGGCAGUUAUUGAUUUGAUCACAAUGUUAAAUAAUUAUUUGGGCGCAAUGUUCCCAAAAUGGUCAUUCUUUAUUGAUUUCUAUCUCAAAAUCGGCAAUAUUUAUGGGCAAAUUUAUUUAUACAUUGCAUGGACAACCGGCUGCUGUCAGUCAUUUUCCGUUUCCAUUCUUGCUGCCAACCGGCUAUCCGCCGUCAUUUUUCCUGGAAAUUAUAGUAGUAUGUUCUGGUAUCACCGUAUAUGGAUUCCUAUAUCAAUUCAAUUUGUCCCUGGAUGUCUUCUUGGAAUUAUGACGCUUUUCAAUCCGGCUCAGCUUUAUAGAAACUCCACAAAUGGAAUUGUUCCAAAAUUCACAAUAAAGAAAAUGACGAAUAUAUUCUAUGUUAUUGGCGGAUUUUUAAUCGGAUCCAACUGUAUUUUCCUUAUUUGUACAUACCUUUAUAUUUUUUAUGUGAUAAAAUCCAGAAAGAAAUUGCAUUCAAUGUUUGGCGUACAAAAUUUCGCCAUGGUAUGCUCUCAAUACCGAUCAAUACUAUUUAAUCCACAGUUGUUUAAGCGAUGUUUAUUCGGGAAUUAA